ACUGCAGAUGCAGCUUAGGAAAACGCAGGGAGCAUGCUAAAGACCUGCAGCUAUUUGCCUUGUACAAUUUGCUCAUUUCUCUUUAUUUCUCUGUUUUCCUGCUCUGAUCACUUAAAGGACAAUCUCUCUUGCAAACAAAAUCCCCGGAGCCUGAUUAGAGGGACCGAAGGCUCCCAGACACGGAUUGCCUGCCAGCCACAGCACGGCGGAGCGGGCCCGGCAGGAGGCGGAGCGGGCCGCCGCACGUCCCCCAGCCGCUCGGCCGGCCCCCCCGCCAUGGGUCGGAAGCGCUGCGUGGGGGGAGACGGCUCCAAGAUGGCGGCGGGUUGCUGCGGGGUGAAGAAGCAGAAACUCUCCAGUUCCCCUCCGUCGGGCUCGGCCGGCCCGGGAGGCGGCGGCGGCGGCUCCCACUGCGGCGGGGCGGCGGCGGCGGGCGGCGAGCCGGGGGCGUUGCCCCCGCCGGGGGGCCCCCGCCUCAACGGCCUCGGGGGGCUGGCGGGGGGCGCCGCCGGCUGCGCCCUGGCCCCGCCGCUGCCGCCCAGCUGCGGCGGGGGCCCCGCCGGCCUCUCCCCUCCGGCCGCCUCGCUGCUCGCCUCCCCCGGCGCCGGCUCCGGCGGGCCCGGCUGCAGGAAGAUGGUGGUGUCGGCCGAGAUGUGCUGCUUCUGCUUCGAUGUGCUCUACUGUCACCUGUACGGCUACCAGCCCCCGCGGAGCCCCCGCUUCACCAAUGACCCCUACCCACUGUUUGUAACGUGGAAGAUUGGUCGAGAUAAACGAUUGCGUGGAUGCAUAGGUACUUUUUCUGCCAUGAACCUGCAUUCAGGACUCAGGGAGUACACACUUACUAGUGCCCUUAAAGAUAGUCGUUUCCCCCCAAUGACGAGGGAUGAGCUGCCACGGCUUUUCUGCUCAGUGUCUCUACUCACUAACUUUGAAGAUGUAUGUGACUACAUGGACUGGGAGGUGGGUGUACAUGGCAUUAGAAUAGAAUUCAUCAAUGAAAAAGGAUCAAAACGCACCGCCACCUACUUACCGGAGGUUGCAAAGGAGCAAGGAUGGGACCACAUUCAAACCAUAGAUUCCUUAUUGAGGAAAGGAGGCUACAAAGCUCCGAUUACUAAUGAAUUCAGGAAAACCAUAAAGCUAACCAGGUACCGUAGUGAGAAGAUGACCAUGAGCUACACAGAGUACCUUGCCCAUCGUCAGCAUCAUCACUUCCAAAAUGGCAUUGGGCACCCCCUUCCACCAUACAACCAUUAUUCCUGACACUGAGCCGCAUGACCAGUCACUGGACCUCUCUGCAGACCUCUUCCCAGGAGACCCUGCCCCUUCUUGGUCUAGUUAUCUCUAUUACUGUACCAUUUUAUGAUGAUAGUUUCCGUUGCCAUUUUGAGGCUUCUCCAUAGUUGGUUAAGCUCAUUGUGGCAACGGGAGAGAAAACUGCAUUAUUACAAAGAUCCCAUACUUUUUUAUUGAAUCACUGCAGAUUUUUUUGCAGCAUAUAUAGCCCUUGGGUUUUUUAUGAAAUGUUAAAUUUCUACUUCAUUAACAUUGAAUUAUAUCAGUCAAGACUUUCUGUGACUGUGGAUGGAAGGAAGAGUUUAAGGAUUACAGUUAGAGAUUCUUUGCUCAGAAAAAAAAAAAAAAAGGCAUUCAUGGCUUUUUCAUUAAUAGCUCUGUCAGGGAUUGAAACAUAUCAGAUUCAGGUAUUAUAUUAGACAAUGAAUUGCAUUCUCUUAACCUUCUUAGUAGUAGUCUGUGGUACAAUAUUUCAUAGACGUUCUUCUUUCCUUUGAGUUUUUCCAUGAGCUCCUUUGCUCAUCCAUUCAGGUCUCCUGCCAUGGUUGAGCAAAGAGCUCAUGGGGGAAAAAAAACCAAAGGGAAGAAGAAACUCUAUGAAAUAUGGAAAAAGGACAUGGCCACUUGGGAGGAAUAUAGGAAUGCUGUCAGGACCUGCAGGGAUGCAGUGAGGAAGGCUAAGGCCCACUUGGAAUUAAAUCUGGUGAGGGAGGUCAAGGACAACAAGAAGAGUUGUGGUUGUUGGUUUUUUGUUUUUUUUUUUCCAGUAUGUCAGUAGCAAAGGGAAGACUAGGGAAAACGUGGGCCUGCUGCAUCCCCAGUAACAGGAGAUGUUGAGAAGGUAGAGAUGCUGAACACCUUCUUUGCUUCAGUCUUUACUGAUUAGACUAUCCCUCUGGAACCUCAGACCAAGGAGGUAAGAGAGUCUGGAGAAAGGAAAACUUCCCCUUGGUCCAGGAGGAUCUGGUCAGAGAUCAUCUAGGCAAACUUGACUCAAAUCCACUGAUCCCGAUGGGAUGCACCCACAAGUGUUGAGGAAGCUGGCAGAAGUGAUUGCCAAACCACUCUAUCAUCUUGGAGAAUGGGAAAGGUGCUCGAAGACUAGAGGAUAGCCAGUGUCACUCCAGCCUUCAAAAAGGACAAGGAGGAGCUAGGAAACUGCAGGUCAGUUGGCAUCACCUCUGUCCCUGGAAGGGUGAUGGAACAACUUCUUCUGGAUGUCAUCACCAAGCAAGUGGAAGAGAGGUGGUUAUCUGGAGUAGUCAGUAUGGAUUCACCAAGAGGAGAAAUCAUGUUUGACCAACUCGGUAGUCUUCUGUGAUGUCAUCGCCAGCUGGGUAGAUGAGGGGAGAGCAGUGGAUGUUGCAUACCUUGACUUCAGCAAGGCUUUAGACAAGACUGUGCAGCCAUUCAACAGGACAGGUACAGGUUGGUGAGCUGGGCAGAGAAGAACCUGAUGAGCUUCAGCAAGAGCAAGUGUAGGGUCCUGCAUCUGGGAAGGAAUGACUGCAUGCAUCAGUAGAGGUUUAGGGGCCAGCCUGCUAGAAAGGUGUUCUUCAGAGAAGGAGCUGGGUGCUGGCCAUGAGCCGGCAGUGUACCCUUGUGGCCAACAAGGCCUACUUUGUCCUGGGGUGCAUUAAAAAGAGCAUGGUUGAAGUAGGUGAUCCUCCCCCUCUGCUCUGCCCUGCCCUGGUGAGGCCACAUCUGGAGUACUGUGUCCAGUUCUGGGUUCCCCAGUUCAAGAAAGAUAUCUUCUAGAGAGAGUCCAGAGAAGGGCCACAAAGAUGAAGAGGGGCCUGGAGCAUCUCCUGUAUGAGGAAAGGCUGAGAGACCUGGGGCUGUUCAGUCUGGAGAAGAGAAUGCUGAGAGAGGAUCUCAGCACUGUGUAUAAAUAUCUAAAGUGUGGGAGUCAAAUGGAUGAGGCCAGCCUCUUUUCAGUGGUGUGCAGCUACAGGAUAGGGGGCAAUGGGCAAAAAAACUGGAACACAGGAAGUUUGAUAACAAACACAAGGAAGAACUUUUUUACUGUGAGAAUAACAGAGCACUGGAACAGGCUGCCCAGAAAGGUGCUGGAGUCUCAAUUUCUGGAGAUAUUCAAGACCCACCUGGAUGCCUUCCUGUGUGAUCUGCUUUAGGGGACCUGCUUUAGCAGGGGAUUGGACUCAGUGAUGUCCAGAGGCUCCUUCUAGCCCCUAGAGUUCUGUGAUUCUGUAACAGUAUCUCACCCCUGCAAGAUUUCAUGCAGCUAUAGGUGUAGGUCGCUCUGAAAGUAAUGCCUCCUAUUUAUUUACAUGGAAACUACAACAGAUACAAAGAGCACAGUAACACUACUUGAUAGAGAAAAUUCUCAGCUACAAAACACUAGUUUUCAACACAGUCAUCGCCAUUAGCAGAGACUGCCCCUCUGCUGCCAUCUGUCACACAGCAACAAAAUGUAAUGGAUUAUUGGUGGGAAGGUUCAACCUCUGCUGCCAUCACACAGACCUCUGCCUCUGACUUCAUGGGCCAACAUCAUAAAAUAGGAGGCAUUACUUUCAGAGCAGCCCUUGUACAUGUCCUUCAGCUCGUGCACACAGCUAUAAUUUGAAGGCUCAUAAACAAAAUGCUUUUCUGGAUAUGGAGAAGCAAUUAAACGUAAUAAGAGGUGAGCAGUGUGCUCAGAAUCACGUGGUUCGAUUGAAAGUACAUGACAUAAUCCAGUAGGAUACCUUUAUCUCCUGUUCUGCACUGGAAGCUGAGGGCAGCCCGGCCCUGUCAAGCCUACUCAUCAUCAUGCAUUUGUAAUGAGACAGCGUCUUUCUGAUGAUCUCAAAUUAGAAGUCACAUUUGUUUUUAGAAACAGGUUGGUGAGUAGCAGAUGUCAUAUUAGGAAGAAAAUGGAGUUAGAUUUUAGUGCCUUUGACUAUGACAUGAUUAUACUUGCAUAUAAAAUUCAUAGAAAAAAAUAUUGCAAAUGCGCCAGAUGUUCCAGCAAUCUCCGUUGAGUUCUCUGCUGCUCUGGCGUCAGGUUCUGGGGAUUUUCUAAAGUGAGGUAUUUUUCAUUUUCUUCAGCUUAUUUUAGAAAAGAAAAAUCCCUGUUUUGUUCUUGCCUGUGCUUUGAAUCUGCUGGGUUUUAUCGAGUCAUGAAUAGUUGGGUACCUUGUUUUAAAAAAAAAAAAAAAAGAUUGUGUUGUGAAAGAGCACAGGCCGCGUAUGCCAUAAUUUGUACGUGUUUUCAUCUAUUACAGGAAUAGUACUUGAGAGCUGUAAGUACUUUAUAAUAAUUCUCCACAAGGGAGGAGAAAGAGAACUGAUGAGAACUUCUAACAGCUGUAAAAAUAGGAUUUAUUAAGCGGUAUGUGUGGUAUGGUUGCAAGCCGAGUGUAUGCCAGGAGCUGCCUCCUUGCUCACGUGCCUGCAGAACUCCCACUGAUACCCGCUGUAGUUCAGUGCGCGUUGUAGGGGACUCCACAUCCCAUCUGUUAUGGAAAAGACCUUCCUGACAUGGGCGAGUCAACUAUGGCAAGCAGAAAUUCCAGUUACUUUGAGUAACGAAUGUUUUUCAAAAUGCACGAGAUAAAUUAAGAUCGAGUUAAGGUGUUAAAACAAACAACAACCAAAAAAAGGCUAAAAAUGUUCCAGAAAACGGAUCCGGACAAAUUACCCCUUCCGUGAGGUUACAACGCCACGUAAUUUGUCCGGAGGUUCUUGCAGGAGGUCUUUUGUAUUCCUUCAUCCACAGCAUCCGAUGUCCAAAUAUUUCCAUUUUCAGUUGUGAUGCCUUAAUUUAUAAGCAGAGGGCCUGAGAUGUCGGGAGCCAAGAGGUGCCAGGCAGACGCUGCAAAAACUAUUAGAUGUUUAUACAGAGGCUAUUUUGGAUGAUACUGUUGUCUUGUUUCUGCUUGGGGGGAGCGGUUUCGAACGGAUUUGUCUUCAAGUGGGAACCGUGAACCGGUGGCUACCUGAGAGGUGUUUUGGUUUUGUUUUUUUCCUUGCCCUUAUAGGGAAACUGAGCACAAACCGAACCGUUCUGCUGCAAAAAAAAAAAAACAAACAAACAGACGAAACACAAAAAGUCCUCCGACCCCAUCUCUGUCUGUCAUCUCGGUACGGCGCGCCCGCAGCGCUGCGUCGGAUCAUCCUUAGGAGUUUUUUAAAAAGAUCUAUUAUAUAUAUAAAAAUAUAUAUAUAUAUGUAUUGAAAGGUGCUAAUCAACCUCAAGCAGGUCACGUGACUGGUCAUGCGGAUCUAAAAUCAUAUCAGAUUUUUUUUAAAAGAUCUUCGAUAUAUGCAGAUGUUAUACAGAAUUUCUUACCAGUGUAAUAAUAAUGUACUGAUGAAUAAACAAUCCUGCGGGUUUUUAAGGACAAGGUCAGCAAUACUCCCCACCAUGGCUUGGGGGGGAAAAGGAUAGUUUUGUCUCCUUUUUGUAUACAGCGUAAUGCACAACGCAUUUUCGUCUCUCUCUUAGUAGCCGUUGCUUACAAAUAGAGUUAAAAGGGUGUUAUACAAACUGUAAAGGUGUGCUUUUAACGUGACUUAACGCCAGACCCUUCUGGACCCGAGUUUUGUAUCACUAAUUAAAAAGCUGUUACAAAGUCUGCGGUCAAUCAGGUCGUAUGGUAUUUUUUUUUAUUAUUUUUAUUUUUAUUUUUUAGAAAAGAUUGGAAGGAUCAGUGUAUCUACAGUGUUUGUAGGGCACACCUACCUCCUCAGCACGCCAGUGCUGGGAAUACUGCGCAUUGUUGCUGUGUAACCGCGGGGCUGUUGGUCCACGACGUGCAGUUCACUGUGACUGUGAGGGGCAGUGGGACAGAAGCGCUCUGUUGGCCUAAAGUGAAUCCACAGUUGCUUUCACGAACGCCGUUCCCUCGUCGUUUUUACCCUCUCAGAUAUAUUGCUGGAUUCAGACGUAUUAAAUAUGGCUUUUUAAUUCCGGGGCACUUCCUAAGAAGUUAAGGUACAACCAAGUAGCUGAUUUCACUCUUUUUAAGUUGGAAUGCUGAUUUUUUUUGAUAAGCACUAAUCCAUUUGCCUUAUUCCUCGAGUUUGUUUUUAUUAUUAUUAUUAUUUAAUUAUUCUUUUGCUUAACGUUUCUGAAGUCCCCUUCUGUAGACUGAGUGAGGCAGCAGAAGCCCAGACUGACGUGACGCUGUUGCUCAGCCGUGCCUCAAGUGGCCUUCCUUCCGCCUGGACCGCUGUAGCACUGACCCGGCACCACCUCAGCCCCGACGCUGGUCGCAGCAGGGGGAGGGCGCCUGAGAGUUCCGACCUCAGAUACAAUACUAAGAGAGUCAAAUCCAUUUGCACACCCUGGCGUUUGUAUACGGACCUCUUUACUUGUCUUCAAAUGUGCGGGUUUCUAAAACUGUUGUCUGGGGUAGGUUACAUCUCUUGUGUGUGUUAGAUCGAACCAAAGAAGCCUCCAGCCAUGCCCAGAUGCUGCUCCUAAAGCCUGCCUUCCAGUCCUUGCAAAAGCCCCGCAGGAUUAAAUGUGUUAAUUUUUUUAUUUUUGUACAGUUUCUAACUGAUUUUUGCUAGUGAUGUUAAUUGAAUUAAGUUUAUUUGGGGAGCCUGAGUACCUCCCCCACCUAAAUAAACUGGUGACUUUCCUUUUAUGUUAAAAAAGAAAAAAAAAAAAAGAGAAAAAAAAAAAAGAAAAAAAAAAAAAAGGAAACCCAAAGUGUGCCUCUAAGAUUUAAAGGGUUUCUGCUUACAUUUAUUCUUAAGACCAGCAAUGAUUCUUUAUAUAGAAAGAUAUGUUGUCCUCGUUUUUUAUUACUGUUGAAUAAAGAAUACAAACCUCUUUCUUUGCUCUGGACCCAGUGGUGGCGCUGGCACAGAAACGCACUGAGAAAACAAACUUUUGUUUGAAACUUUUGUAACAACCUAUGACUGUUUUUUGUAUAUCAAAGUUGAUUCUUUUCAAAAUAUUUGGAUCUAGUUUCUAAGUUAUUUUAGUGUUUUAUAUGUUACAAAAAAAGAGAAAAAAAAAAAGAAAAAAACCUUUAAAUGGCUCACCAGCAUCCUGAGUUAUCGAAUGCAGUGGUGACACACAGUGGGCUUGGAGCUGCCUGGAGUAGCUGACAAGGCCUCUCUUUUUUUCUUCCUUUCUUAGUAACUUGAUUGAUGACAAAUUAUAUCACAGAUUACCUGAACCCCCUUCCUUUAUAACUAGAUCCUCCUUCCUUCCACGUUUGAUUGCUCUUAGUGUGAAGAAACUGUUGAAAUGGGCAUUUUAAUAUAAGUAUGGCUUAAAAAAAAAAAAAAAAACGAUAAAAUGGGGAAAAAGAAAAAAAAAAUUAUAUAGAAGGUUAUCUGUGGGUCUGUGAGAUAUGGCUGUGGAAAGAUAUUGUAGUAGUUUUAACACUAUUGUUAUUACCUUUUAAAUCAUUUACCCAAUAAAAUAAGGAAAAAGAA